CCCAUCAUUGGUGUCAGUGGAAGGAAAAGCGCCUCAUCAUUGGUGUCAGUGGGAGGAAAAGUGCCCCAUCAUUGGUGUCAGUGGGAGGAAUAGUGCCCCAUCAUUGAUGUCAGUGGGAGGAAAAAAUGCCCCAUCAUUGGUGUCAGUGGGAGGAAAAGUGCCCCAUCAUUGGUGUCAGUGGGGGAAUAGUGUCCCAUCAUUGGUUUCAGUGGGGGGAAAAGUGCCCCAUCAUUGGUGUCAGUGGAAGGAAUAGUGCCCCAUCAUUGGUGUCAGUGGGAGGAAAAGUGACCUCUCAUUGGUGUCAUGGGAGGAAUAGUGUCCCAUCAUUGGUGUCAGUGGGAGGAAUAGUGUCCCAUCAUUGGUGUCAGUGGGAGGAAUAGUGCCCCAUCAUUGGUGUCAGUGGAAGGAAUAGUGUCCCAUCAUUGGUAUCAGUGGGAGGAAUAGUGUCCCAUCAUUGGUGUCAGUGGGAGGAAUAGUGUCCCAUCAUUGGUGUCAGUGGGAGGAAUAGUGCCCCAUCAUUGGUGUCAGUGGGAAGAAUAGUGUUCCAUCAUUGGUGUCAGUGGGAGGAAUAG